AUGUUUUUAGAUCCAACCGUCCAGGGAAGGCCUUUGCCCACUGAGCUGGCUCCCGAGCAGCUGCAGCUAAGGGCCCUCCGGAGAGGAGGAAGCCCGGGGAGAUCCAGGAUAAGGGGGCUUUUGGCUCCUCUCUUCUGCCUACAGCAGCCCAAGAAGAAGCGGCGCAGCUCAUCCACGGAGGCCACCGAGGACAAGAAGGCCAGGGGAGAAUCCGCCUCCAUCCAGCUCUUCCCUCCUGAACUGCUGUACUACAUCAUCUCCUUCCUGCCUGUGAGGGACCUGGUGGCUCUCGGCCAGACCUGCCGGUAUUUCUAUGAAGUUUGCGACAGCGAGGGGGUCUGGCAGCGCAUCUGCCGCCGUCUUUCCCCUCGGCUGCGGGAUGAGAAUUCGGGUGGCAGCCGGCCGUGGAAGAGAUCGGCCAUCCUCAACUACACCAAGGGCUUGUACUUCCAGAUGUUCAGCGGCCGGCGGCACUUCGUCAGCAAGACCGUGGCCCCCCUUCUCUCGCACGGCUACCGGAAGUUCUUGCCCACCAAGGACCACGUCUUCAUCUUGGACUACAACGGCACGCUCUUCUUCCUCAAGAAUGCCCUGGUCUCCUCCACCAUGGGCCACAUCCAGUGGCGCCGGGCCUGCCGCUACAUGGUGCUGUGCCGCAGCGCUAAGGACUUUGCCACAGAUCCCCGGAACGACACCGUCUACCGCAAGUACCUGUACGUGCUGGCCACCCGGGAGCAGCUGCCCAGCCAGGCCUUGGGGCGCAGCGAGGGCUCCGGCCCAGCCCCCAGCAGCCGCCUCUGUGACUGCGUGGAGGUGUACCUGCAAUCCAGCGGGCAGCGGGUCUUCAAGAUGACCUUCCAUUUCUCCAUGAAGUUCAGGCAGAUUGUGCUGGUGGGGCAAGAGACCGAGCGGUCCCUCCUGCUCCUGACAGAGGAAGGGAAGAUCUACAGCCUGGUGGUCAACGAGACGCAGCUGGACCAGCCCCGCUCCUACACGGUGCAGCUGGCCCUCCGCAAGGUCUCCAAGUGCCUCCCGCACAUCUCCGUCCGGCACAUGCGCUCCAACCAGAGCAGCGCCGUCUACCUGACAGGCGAGGGCACCGUCUACUUCGAGGUCCACUCCCCUGGCGUUUACCGCGACCUCUUUGGCACCCUGCAUGCCUUCGACCCUCUGGAUCAGCAGAUGCCCCUGGCCCUUUCUCUGCCUGCUAAGGUGCUCAGCUGCGCCCUGGGUUACAACCACCUGGGCCUGGUGGAUGAAUUUGGACGGAUCUUCAUGCAGGGAAACAACCGCUAUGGGCAGCUGGGCACGGGGGACAAGAUAGACCGCGGGGAGCCUGCCCAGGUGCACUACCUGAAGUGGCCCCUGGACCUGUGGUGUGGGCUGAACCACACGCUGGUGCUGAGCCAGAGCGGGGACUUCAGCAAGGACCUGAUGGGCUGCGGCUGCGGGGCAGGGGGCCGCCUGCCAGGCUGGCCGAAGGGCAGCGCCUCCUUUGUCCGGCUGCAGAUCAAGGUGCCGCCCUGCGCCCGCCACAUCUGCUCCACCCGGGAGUGCCUCUACAUGCUCUCCAGCCACGACAUCGAGGAGGCGCCCGCCUACCGGGAGCUGCCGGCCAGCAAGGCCGCGGUGGCCCCGGGCGACUCGGAGGCUCUGGCCGCCCGGACCUGCGAGGAGUACCUGAGCCAGCUGCACAAGUGCCCCACGCUGGAGGGGCGCAUGGCCAAGAUGAAGGAGGCGGUGGGCAGCAUGCCCCUCCUGACCUUCCAGAAGGACUUCUUCUGGGAGGCUCUGGACAUGAUCCAGAGGGCGGCCGAACUGCGGGAAGCCCCCCCGUCCAGCUAGCUCUGGACCCCCUCUG